UUUCGCCGACUAACUUCUCUGUUGUCUCCUUCCUCUUUCGUUGCUGGGUUGCUGUUUUCUCUAACGCAUUUCCUUCAUUAGUAUCACACAAGAGAUGUCUGAAAUAACAACAACAAUCUCAGAACUGCAUUAUGGCUGUCCGGGAACAGCAGUACAGGUCCGAAUCUUGCGUAUGUGGACACCACAGAUUAGAAAUCAAGAGACAUGGUUCUUGGCUGUUGACAAAAAUGGUGAUGCCAUUCAGAUCCUCGGACAACGAAAAGAUCAGGGUUUUCUACAGUCCGUGCUCAUUCCUUCUAGAUGCUACACAAUUGAGAACUAUGGAUGUGGAGUUCCGGAUCGUUAUCAAAAGUGGGUAAAUAAUGAUACUUACAUGGCUGUUGGAACAGCAUCCUCUAUUACACCUCUUCCAGACACUGUCAUUAUUCCUAGACAUUGGUUUCAUAUGAUUACCAAAAAACAGAUACCAGAUUACAAAGAUCAACAUGCAGAUUUUGUUGGGAUCUUCAGCAAGCUUAUCAACUGCACAAAAAAAGACACCGAACCAUACCUGUUGCUGAUACUAAAAAAUGAAUAUGGUGAAGAUAUUGCAAUAAGUUUAUGGAAAGAAUGCACCAGUACACCUUCAAAAUUCAAUCGGAUUGCUCUUGAAAAUACUCCUUCUCCUGUUAUAGUCGUCGGAACAAGCGUAAAGAUCUCAACUUAUGCAGGAGCACUGCGUCUUGGGACAAGUAGUCAGUCAUAUAUACAUCAAUCCACCAAUACCAGAGAUAACACCAUUAACAGACAGCUAUAAUACAUUGCCUCAGUCACCACUUUUCCUGGAUCCUCCAAUACCAUUAUCAGAGAUAGCCAACAAAACUCAUUCUGAUCUUUCGGACAAAACUCUUAUGACAAAGGCUGCCAUAAUUGAAUAUGUCUUCUCGGACUGUUGGUAUCAUGUUCAAUGUCCAAAAUGUAAAAUUACAACUUUUAGACAGGGGAAGAACUGGUUCUGUCCAUCAGACGGCAUACUUGACUCUCCAUCCAGCACGUUCAAACUUAACGCAAUCAUUAAAGAUGAAACUCAUUCCAUAUCUGAUAACGCAUCACAGGACCUAUUUGGCACAACAUCAGAUAAGCUGAUAUCAGAAAACAACAUAAACGACAGAAAAGAACUACCACAGAUUGCUAUCUGCUUACAAGGAAUUCCUAAAAAAAUGAUAGUUCGGAUGACCAAUACAUCGACGGAGAAUAACAUUCGAUUCAUUGUUACAAAUAUUGAAAAACCACCUUCUGAGAUACCAUCUUCCAUAACAACACCAGCUCCUGAUCAUCCGACUUCUUCCCAAACUACUGACAAGGAGAGUAGUUCCAUCCGCCAACAAACGAAGCUAAAUGUUAGAAGAUCACUUCCGUUUGAAAUUCCAGACACAGCUGCUACAAAACGGAAAGCUGCGCGUAAAACAGAUUAGAAGUGACUUCUAAUAUGUCGCAGGAUCUUAAAAACCGAUUUCCCUUUUGAUGUUGUACAUAAAAAAACCAACACUCAACUACCUUUUUAAAAAAUAAUACAUACUAUCCGUGGUUAUACCCUC